UAAAUUCAGACUCCUGAGUUAUUAAAUUAAGUGCAGUUCAGCAUUGUCUGUCAAAGGCAGAAAAAGUCGAGUUUAAGAUAUUCAUGGUUUAGCUAAGUAGUACGGCUAUUGCAUUGAGAUGUCUCUUUUUGUAUUUUGUUUGCGUCAGAAGAAAUAGUUAGUUAUAUGAUCUCUCUUAUCUUGUAACAUUAUAGUUGCUUUGGAUUUACCAAUCUAUUGAAAUUCCAAUUUGUGUGACGUGUAUUAAUUUGCACCACCCUCUCCUCCCCACCCUUCUCUGUUUUGACUUCUACUCUGACUACUUUUGUUUUCUACAUUGUCUGGCCUUUCAGGUAGUAAAGAAACUGCUCAAGACCAGGUUUCUGUCGGAAUGGGCCUGCUAGCUGGGUCAACUGUGCUGCUUCUGACUAUAAUAUGGGGUACCUGCGUAAUUGUCGGCAAGUGUGAUCUGGUGAAUUCAGUUGCAUUGGAUUCAGUAGACACGCGGAGAUACAGUUUAACUGGUUCUGGUGUUAGUACCGACAUUUGGACCAGUUACGCAGCAAGGAUUAUGAUUAUAUCUGUACUUUUGUUUUUGAUUCUUCAAUUACCACAACUUCUCCAUUCAUCAUCAGGAAGGCACUUGGCUGUUUUGAUUGCUCUUAUUGUCUCUUUGUUGUUACUAGCUUCUUAUUACUUUUAG